AUGGCCCUCGACGGACGCGCGGUGGCCGACUUCGCGGAGGGCGCCGCCAGCGGGGACUUGGACGGCGGCCUGCGGGGGCCCAGGCGCCUGGUGCUGCGGUUCUGGGCCACGCAGGACGACCUGAAAGUGGCGGUGCGGACAGCAGUCCUGGCGAAGCCUCUGGCCCAGAAGCGGCUGGAGUUUCAGAAGGCCCUGCGCGCGGAGGGCCGGCGCUUCGCCUUCCGCGAGGCCUUGCAAAGGCAGCUGGCGCAUUGGCGGGCGCGGGACACCUGGCCGCUGCCGGGCCUGGCGCUGAGCUCCGUGGACUGCGGCGCGGAGCUGGCACAGCUGCUGGGCCAAGGUCACCGAGGCGAUUACCGGGGUCCGCGGAUUGGGGAGAUGGAGGCGGCGGCGCGCAAGCUGCAGGCGAUGUUCCGUUGGCGGAAGCUCUGGAAGGAGCUGGACACCUCGGAGGAGCGGCGCAGGGCCUUGGAGCGCCAGGCACGGGAACCCAAGGCCAAGGUGCAGCGCAGGGGGCUGGCGGCGCAGCUGGACAUCUCCGAGUCGGAGGAGGAGGUGAGUGCCGAGGAGGCAGUGGCGACGCCUUUUUUGGAAGCUGCCGAAGAGCCCGAUGAAAAGAGCGAGGAGGAGGCUGCGCCGGUGGUGCAGCUGCACAAGAGCCAGCCGGGGGAGGAGGCCCGCCCGGGCUCGCCGCUCUCCGGGCCGCAGCUGGACUUCCUGGGGGACAGCGCGGCGGAUACGAAGCCCAGCCCCAGGGCGCCGGUGGGGAAGGUGAAGCUGCACAAGACGCUUCCAGGCAGCGCGGGUCUCUACGACGAGCCCGACACGGCGCCCGAGGCGUCCGCGUCGCCCGCGUCGCCCGCCGACGCGGCGCCGAGCACCCGGGGCUUUUUGGACGACGCGGCGCUGGAGGCCGCGGCCGUGCGGAUCCAGGCGGUGCAGCGGGGGCGCCAGGGCCGCAAGCAAGCGAAAGCGAAGGCUGCCCGCGGCCGUGUGAGCGACAGAGGGCCUGACGAAGCACUGGAGGUUGACCAAGUGGAGGGUCACCUCCAGGCGCCGGCUCUGAGCUUCAUGGGCGCGGAGGUGGAUUUGGACCCCAGGGGCCGGGGGCUGGAAGUAGGGCCGGAGGCAAGCACGCCAGCUUUUCCCCUGGAAGUUGUGGUGCCGGAAGCGCCGAAGGAGGAGACCAGCCGGGUGGAACCUGAGACGGCGCGGAGCCUUUUCGGUAUGGCGCUGGGUGCAGAGGUAGCCGAGGCGCCGGUGGCGGUGGAGACGGUGGAGGCGCCGGUGGAAAUGGCGCCCGCUGCGCCGUCCACGCCGAGAGCGGCGCCCUUUGCAGUGGCCGAGGCGCCGAUUGCGGUGGGGGGCUUCAUGAGCCCCAGCCCGGCGCCGUUCGACGCGCUGGAGGUGCGCAGCGCAAAGAAAGACAAGGAGGAGGACGAGCCUCCGCAGAAUCGCCUGGACUUCCUCCACGAGGAGGAUGCCACUCUGGUGCCGCAGCGCCUCAAGCUCCCGCGCCCCAAGAAGAAGAACCGCGAGGAGAAGGUGACGUUGGCCGCGCCCUCGGCGCCUUCCGCUUCCGCGCCUGCAGCGCCUGCCGCGUCCGCCGCCUUUGACCUGGGCCCCAAGCCAGCGCCGGCGCCAGCGGCGGGGCUCUUUGCGGACGCGGACGUGCAGGUGAAGGCCCAGCCCAAAGCGGCGAAGGAACUCAGCGGCGCGGACGCCCUGGGCGCGUCGCCCCGGGCGCCGUUGCAGGCGCAGGGCGGGUUUCGCCUGCCCAAGGGGGAGAAGAAGGACAAGGAAACGCUGGUGGCUGAGUUUGUGGCAGCAGUCAACUGCAACACGUGUAAUACCGACUUAAGGAGACUCGGAGAGCGGAUAGAGCGGACGAAAACUCCGCAGUGCGAAACGGUUGAGCGGUUAGAUGCCGGCAAUUACAGGCUGGAAGGCCAAAAUGUGCUGAAGGUCAUCAGGGCUGAGGAUGAGGUGUGCCAUCCUGUGACGAGCCGUCAGCUGCUGCAGACGUCCAGGGCGCAAUCCCGGUCGCAGCGAUCCCCCGAGUUCCACUAUGAGCCGGAGUCCAUGUGGGGCCUGGAUUGGAAUGCCUCCUGGGCGCUGGUGAGGAACUCCAGCGGAUGCUUCCUGAGAUUCCCAUCGUCAUCUUCAGGCCCCGCUAGAAAGGAGUCCGCGCUGUCCCUGGGCCGCUGCCUGGAGCGCGCGGCGAGGCGCGGCGCACGCUGGCGCGUGGAUUUGGGGCUGCCGGCCACGGGGAAUCGGCGACACCCAGGCACCAACCCGGCACUGGUGCCGCUGCCUUCGCACCUUCAAAGUGCCUUCCCCGAGGGCAGGUGGCUGGUCGUGAACCGAGUGGGCUGGGCACGGUGCCCGGGGAUGAACGACUUCAAGGGCUCCAUCUUCGCGUUCCUCGGCAACCUCUGGGGCUCCGGCUCCUAUGCGGCCGUGCUGGAUGCGGACUUUGAGGUGCUGGACGCGGCGAAGAUCGGCCUGCGCCAGGGGCGGUGGGAGAACGCCAUCUCCGAUGUGCGGCUUUGGGCGGAUCCGGCGGGGGACCUCAUCAUCAGCUUCAUGCCAUACUACUUCGCCGAGCGCUUCCACAACUUUGUUGCGAAGCUUCAUCUCGACUCCGAGGCGGGGCGCCUGGAGGCCUGGGUGGACCGCCGGGAGGUGCGUCGUGCCCAGAGCUGUGGAGAGAGCGAUGGGCCCAAGAAGAACCUGGGCUUCUUCGCGCUGAAUGGCUCCACCUUCGCGCUGGACAAGAUCUCCCCCACCUCCGUGGACGCCUUUGACCUGUCGGAGCUGGAGCUCGAGAAGGAGCCCCAGGCGCUGGCCCGCCACAACCACAGCUACCCCCAGGUCACCUUGCCGGCGCUUUGCAUGGCGCCAGCAGGGCCCGGGGGUACUAUGCCGAGGGAAGAUCCCUGGAAGGAUUGCAGGGGCCAGGAGAAGGAGCUCUUCCUCCACAACGGGCCCCCGCCUUUGUGGCUCGAGGAGCCGGGCUUCUACCUGGGCAUCGGGCACCUGGUGCGCGGGAAACGGGAGAUGCGGCCCUUCCACUACACCCUGCCUGACCACUACACGCAUCAGUUCUUCGCCCUGUCCGCCACGCGGCCUUUCCGGCUGUUGGCGCUGUCGCCCGAGUUCUGCUUCAGCAGCGAGCAAGAUGCAGAGGACUGCGAGAACAUCCAGUUCGCGUCCUCCCUGCUGCGGGAGGGAAACGACAGCCUGCUGGUGGGCUACGGGGUGCAGGACUGCGACGCUUUUCUGCAGCGCCUCUCGCUGCAUGAGGUGCUGGCCUCGCUGGUUGCGCUUGAGUAG